AUCCGGCAACUUUAAUAGCAAUUUCGUUCGACUUACCGCCAUCUUGGAAUCGAAUUGUGAAUGUUUUACGAAAAUUUUAUCGUAAAUAUUUAUCAAAAUUAAAAAAUAUAUAUUUAUUAAAAGGUCAUUGAAAUAGAGGAAAUGGCGUUUAGAGAUAGAAUGGAACGCAGAAGUGAUAAUCGUGGUGGAGACCGAGGAAACAAUCGCAGCGGUUUUAGAGACACUGCAAAACGAGGUGGGGGUGGUUACUCGAAUAACAAAAGUCAGAAGAAUAGCUUGAAAGGAAAGCAACCAGGAGAACGUCUACGAAAACCCAAAUGGGAUCUGUCGCGCCUACCUCCUUUCCAGAAAGAUUUUUAUAAGGAGCAUCCAAAUGUAGCAAGAAGAGUACCGGUGGAGGUGGAUGCAUUUUGGCAAAUGAAUGAAAUUACUAUUAGAGGUCGUGGAGUUCCCAAGCCAGUCACCCUCUUUGACGAAGGAAGUUUUCCAGAAUAUGUUAUGAAUGCUAUUCAUCAGCAAAGUUAUGAGCGACCAACGCCAAUACAAGCACAAGGUUGGCCUAUUGCUCUUAGUGGUAGAGACAUGGUUGGAAUUGCACAAACUGGUUCUGGAAAAACUUUAGCUUACAUGCUUCCUGCUAUUGUUCACAUUAAUAAUCAACCACGUUUAGAGAGAGGAGAUGGGCCUAUUGUAUUGGUACUUGCACCUACACGUGAAUUAGCACAACAGAUACAACAAGUAGCAUGUGAUUUUGGACGGUCUUCACAUAUUCGAAACACUUGUGUAUUCGGUGGAGCACCUAAAGGACCUCAGAUUGCUGAUUUAGAAAGAGGUGUAGAAAUUUGCAUUGCCACUCCUGGUCGCCUGAUUGACUUUUUGGAAGCUGGUAAAACUAAUUUACGACGUUGCACUUAUCUUGUGUUAGACGAAGCUGAUCGUAUGCUCGAUAUGGGUUUUGAACCGCAGAUUCGGAAGAUUGUCGAACAAAUAAGACCAGAUCGUCAGACAUUAAUGUGGAGUGCAACUUGGCCAAAAGAAGUACGCACAUUAGCUGAAGAUUUCUUGAAAGAUUACAUUCAGAUUAAUAUUGGAGCUUUACAACUCUGUGCCAAUCAUAAUAUUUUACAAAUUAUAGAUGUCUGUCAAGAAUCGGAGAAAGAACAGAAACUUUUUAAAUUGUUGGAAGAAAUAACAAAUGAAAAAGAGAAUAAGACAAUUAUUUUUGCUGAAACAAAAAGAAGAGUAGAUGAUUUGACAAGAAGAAUGAGAAGAGAUGGGUGGCCAGCAAUGUGUAUUCAUGGUGAUAAAUCACAGCCUGAAAGAGAUUGGGUUCUAAAUGUUAUUAGAAAUGGAAGAAAUCCACUUUCAAAAUUGAAANAUAAUUUUAAUGUUAAUUUUUAAAAUGCAGAUGUGGACGAUAUAAAAUUUGUGAUCAAUUUUGAUUAUCCUGCCUGUUCCGAGGAUUACGUGCAUCGUAUUGGAAGAACAGCGCGCAGCAACAAAUCCGGCACCGCCUACACUUUCUUUACACAAGGAAAUAUGAAACAGGCCAAUGAUCUGAUUUCUGUACUGAAAGAAGCCAAUCAAGUAGUCAAUCCGAAAUUGUAUGAAUUAACCGAAAUGGCAAGAGGAAUAUCUGGAGGUAAAGGCCGAAACAGAUGGCGUAAUUCGGCUAAUGACAGCCGAUCCCAAAAGAGAGACAGGAGCCAUGAGACUUUCGGUGGCCCCCGUGGAGGAACGGGCAUGGGAGCUGGAGCCAGAGGUGCAACAGAAAGGCAGUUGUUCGGAUCUGGAGUAAAUAGAGAGAGAGAGUUGAACAGAAGUCGCACGUCAGACCGCAGCAGGGCCGAAAAGUUUGGUGCCAGGGGCUCGCAUGCCCUGAGCUACGGACGUGGGAGUUAUGCCCCAGCGGCCACUGGCCAGCCCCAGCACUCACCGAUGAAUGGUAACUACAGCAUGCCCAUGAACGGUCCGUCGAGCCACGGGACCGGCAUGAACCAUGUUCCGGGCAUGAUGCUUCCGAGCAUGUACAAUCAGUAUGGCAGUCCACAUGUGUCUAGCCAGAUGCAUGGUCCGGCAGGUAUUAUGAGUAGUUAUUAUCAACCUCAUAAUUAAUAGACCGUCUAAAUUCGUACAUAUACAUAUAUCUAUAAGAAAAAACUCUGGGAACAUUUUUGUUGGGACAUGCUCGUCUACCCCGGCAACAGUUUUUUGGGAAUUCUCAAGUAUUUUAAAACUCAAACAUCUUCAUUGUUCGACAUCAUAUCAUUUAAGUAAUCAUAACGCAAAUAAAAGAGAGAUCAUUCCAUUGGUUUAGUAACAAAAUUAAGUAAUGUUGCAAAAUUAUCAAACGUUUUUCCUUAUAAAUUAUUUGUUGGAUUACUUGUUUUGUUUUAAACCUAGAGUUAUUUGUAUAAUCACGACUAUAGAAUCCAUAAUGCAUAUGUGUAUUAGUGUUUAUUGGUUUCUUAUAAAAAAAAAACAUAGUAGUAAUAAACCAUUUUAUAAGUCAUUAACUUUAAAAUUCUUGUGGAAAAGUUGUUCUUUUGCAAUACAUUUUCACCUUGUGCAAAGUAAAUUGUUUCCUCACAGUAACAAACUCUCUAAAAUCCGAAAGAAUUACCUUUUGCCUGCAACAAAACCUAAAGAGCACCAUAUAUGGGGUUUUCUGGCACUCGGGUGCCAAUUUAGGAAAAAUAUGGUCACUUUCUCCAUUAAGCAUCAAACUAUGCAUGAUUAUAUACAGUAGAGCGUCGUUUAUCUGAAUCAAUUGAGGACUGGGGUUAUUCGGAUAACUUAUUUUUCGGAUAACCAAUUGU